AUGUGUGAUAUCGAAAGUACUCCAAAAUGGGCGCUCCAGCAUAUUGAUGAAAUUUUAUAUCUGAUUGAGUGUAACCCAGCCGAUGAUGCAUCGCGUGGUAUCACUGCCAAGGAACUCGUUGAAAGUUCAAGAUGGAUUUCGGGGCCAGAGUUCCUUUGGACGCCCGAAGACCAGUGGCCACAACCCCUCGAGGCUCAAGACCUCGUUACGCCAUCAGACGAUCCAGAGGUGAAGAAUUUGACUUCUUAUGCAACAAGUACGCAAGAGCCAUGGAACCUUGUUGAGAGUUUAAACUACUUCUCGGACUGGCAUAGGGCGUGUAGAGCCGUUGCUAUCUGUCUACGCUACAAGCAAAAACUCCGUCAACUAGCGUCCUCCAAGAAAGAAAGUUGUGCUAAACCAACAAAACGUCAGCAAAAGCCUGCCCUGACAGUGGAAGAGAUUUUAUCAGCUGAAAGGGAAAUCCUCAAAGCAGCCCAGAGGGUCGCCUUUUCAAGGGAAAUGGGUCUGUUAAAGCCGUUUCAAGAAGGACAAGAUAGAUCAUCCGCGCAGCAGAAGAAGAGAGCCAUGAAGGCGAUGAGCUCGUUGUACCGCCUCGACCCAUUCAUUGACCAUGAUGGAGUGCUACGAGUUGGUGGUCGGAUCCAACGAGGCAAUUUUACAGAUAAAACAAAGUUCCCAGUCAUCCUUCCGAGAAAGGGCGACGUUACAGGUCUGAUCAUUAAGCACUACCAUGAGAAGGUUCAACAUGAAGGUCGUGGAAUGUCCUUAAACGAGAUCCGAGCCAAUGGAUUCUGGGUUAUCGGCGGAACAUCAGCUGUAGCCUCCAAAAUUGCAAAUUGUGUCACCUGCCGGAAGUUACGAGGUGCAGUCCAGGAGCAGAAAAUGUCCGACCUUCCGGAGGAUCGUCUGGAACCGGCACCCCCCUUCACCUACUGCGCUGUCGACUACUGUGGACCAUGGUAUAUUAAGGAGGGGCGCAAGGAGGUAAGGAAGUAUGUUGCCCUCUUCACGUGCAUGGCAUCAAGAGCCGUACAUCUUGAAGUCUCGAACUCCUUGGAGACUGACUCGUUCCUCAACGCCCUGCGUCGUUUCAUCUGCAGAAGGGGUCCUGUACGUCAGCUGCGCAGUGAUCAAGGAACGAAUUUCAUCGGAGCAAAACGAGAGCUCCGCGAAGCGUUGCAGUCUAUGGAUCAAG